UCAGAUUCAAGGACUUGAAAUGCGACUGAAAUACAGCAAAAAUGACGUGACUGCUAUGAAUGAACAAAUAGCGAAUCUCAAAAUCGACAUAGAAGCCCUCAAAGGCGAGAUAAAUAGUUAUAACUCUACUAUAGCAAUGAUUGAAAAAGCAAUGGCCGAAAAGAAUCAGAAACUUCAGACGAUCUCGACACAGAUGAACAUUAUUGAAGAUGGUAUAUUUGCAAGUUUUUGCAGGCGUAUCGGUGUCAAUAACAUUAGACAAUACGAAGGAGGAGAAAUGCGAUCUCAUCAAGGGAGACUCAACAAGAGAGCAGAGUUUGAGGAACAUUGCAAUCGUAUACGCAACCAAUUAGAUUUCGAAGAACAGCGAGACACUAUGAGUUUGUAUCAUGUCUAUUGAAAGUUAUAUUAUGGUAGGACGUAAUAUCAUUAAUAACGUU